UUGCAGUAAGAAGGAACAGAUCACAGCCAAGAGGGAGCGAGUUUCAGUUUAGUUCCAUCAGUUGAAUUCUACACAACAAUGUGGGCAAAGCUUGAAGUCAUUAUCAUACUUUGUAGAGUUUUGUUCCAUUUUGCAUUAUACAAAAUUGCAAAUAAAGUGAUCUGUAUAUGGCCAUGGCUCAAGCGACCCAUUGUCGAGCUGAAACAAGGCUCUGUCCAGGGUGUCACUUCAAAACUGCCAAAUGGGAAAAGCUAUCACUGUUUUAAAGGGAUUCCGUAUGCAAAAUCUCCUGUUGGAAAACUAAGAUUCAGGCCUCCCAUUCCAUUGGAAAAGUUUGAAACGACUCCUUUGGAUUGCAGUGUAGACAAAGGAUUGUGUGUUCAAGAUUUCUUUUUCUGUAAAUGCACAACUAUUGGCACGGAAGACGUACUAUAUUUGAACGUUUUCACGCCAAGCCUGCCAAGUGAAUCGUCUGAGCGUCUUCCAGUUAUGGUGUAUAUUCAUGGAGGAGGUUUCCGUUAUGGGACGGCCAAUGCAUUUAUAUGCGAUAUGAGUUAUUUAGUUGAACAAGGGGUGGUUGUAGUAACCGUGUACUAUCGCCUUGGACCCUUGGGAUUUCUGUGUCUGCCUCGAGCUGGCAUUACUGGCAACGCUGGAUUGAAAGAUCAGCUUCUUGCCCUUCGAUGGGUGAAGCAAAAUAUUGCUCAGUUCGGAGGUGAUGCUGAUAACGUUACUUUAUUCGGGCAUAGCGCAGGUUCAUGGGGAAACUACUUGCAUUAUCUUUCGCCAAAUUCUAGAAAGUAUUUCCAUCGUGUAAUUUGCAUUAGCGGAGAUAGCUCUUCGAAAGCAGAAAUUCAAACUAGUCCAGAAACAAACGCCAGGAUGCUUGCGCGUGCCAUGGGAUGUAAAGCAAAUAAUGAUAACGAAAUUUUAGAUUUUCUCACCAAUGCUUCACCCUACUCCAUCGCAAAGCACCAGGAUGGGGCCGUAAGUCGUCACGAAGAAGGGCUAUUUCAACGAUUUGUUUUCAGGCCAGUUGCGGAAGAAGUUCUAACAGAUGAUAGUAUUAUUACCAAAGACCCCGAAGAAACACUCCGAGAGUUUAACUCACUGCGUAUGCCGAUAAUGACAGGGUUGACCUCUGCAGAGGGAAUGCUUGCUAUUGAGCUUAAUAAAACGCGCCUUGAAAAGUUGAAUCAGCAUCCUGAAUGGCUUGCCCCACGCUUUUUAGUCUAUUCUGAUGAUGAUCAACGUGUGGCAGUUGGAAACAGAGUCAAGAGCUUUUAUCUGCAUAAAAAAGAUAUCGGAUGGGAUACAAUCAACGAAACGUGCAAAAUGAUGUCGGAUCUAACUUUUGUUGGAAGGAAUAUCUUAAGUGCAGAAUUACUAGCAAAGUACCAGCCAAAUGUUACUCACUAUCAUUUCAGUUUUGCUUUUUUGGGACGAUAUAGUAUUUUUAGUAAUUUUGUAAACCACGGUAAGAUCGAAGGAGCGUGCCACAGCGACGAUAUCUUCUACAUGAAUAGAUUUCCCGGCCUUCCAAAGCUUUCUGAGCAAAGCGAUGAACAUAAAGUGCGGAAUAUCUAUGUGAAGCUUCUCACAAACUUUGCCAAGUUCUCAAACCCUACACCGCAUGGAUGUAAUUUAGGGUUCACAUGGAGUCCCGUUCAACCAGUAGCAGAAACAUCAGCAGAGUUCAAUUUGGAUACGUUAGAAAUUAGGCCAUCGCCGAUAAUGAUACGCAAUAACAAUGAAAGUAGAUUGCAGUUCAUAAGAAGUUUAAUAAAGGAAAACAAAAAAGGGGUAAUUUAGCAUGUGCAUUUCGCUAGAAAGUUAGUAAUUGUUUCCUAAAUAUAAGGAGAGACAAACAUUUGAAGAAAAAAUAACAUGAAUAAUAUUUUGGUAUGCAGUUAGUAAAAUAAUUUUUCAUCGUCUACAUUGUUCUCAUGUGUCAAAGGUCAUCUUAUGUUAUGGAAUACCAAGUAGUCAUUUAGUACAUUUUAUCAAAUUGGAGAGAAUAUAGCCGAAAUGCAAUUACAAGGAAUCGUUGCUUAAAAUAGUUCUAAUAUUGAAAUGAUAUUAAAGGAAUCGCAAAAUGUAAUGCCGCCCAGAUAAGGCAUACCUAGGGGAAGAAGGGAUAAAAUCAGCAAUAUACGCAUUUUAAUUUGUAUUUCAAAAUCAAAAGUCAAUAAAUUCUUUUUCGACAUAGCAUA